AUGAAAAGAAUAUUACUUUUUUUAAUUCCUCUCCUUUUCUUAAUAAUAAAAAUUGAAGGAGCAAGAAAAAAUUCCAUAAGAAAUGUAGUAAGCGCAUAUCCCCAUAAUAAUAAUGUAAAGAAUUUUUCAGCAGCAGAAAUAUUUGGACCCAAAACAACAGGCCAAGAGUGUGUAAAAUGUCUACCAGAAAAUUUUUGUGAGUGUGAAUGUAGUUGUAAAAAUAAAACAGGUUUUUCAAUGAAAUAUAGAAAUGCUAGUAAAGGAUACAAAUAUUUGGAUGGCGAUGGCAGUAAUCCAUUGACCGACGUUAAGGCAUCUUCACGAUCCGAUAAUAACCAACGACACAGUCUUAAUGCCGCCGCACAAGCAAAGGGACUAAAAGCAGCAACAAAAUCUGAUAAUAAUGACAUUGAUAAUGGACCAGUAGAAUGUUUCUCUUCCUGUAAAAGUGUAACAGGAGUUCAGACCGAAGAAUGUAGCUGUUCAUGUUAUUGUUAA